AUGCGCUUCAAAGCCACUGUCGACAAUGUCAACAUAUUCUACCGAAUCGCCCAAGCAAUGGAGAAGCUGCAGAAGCGAUGCAUCAUCCGGUUCGGCGAAGAGGAGAUGCACAUUAUAUGCAACAACGGCGUGAGCGACGGCAGCAUCCAGGUCUGGUCGCAGAUCAAGGUGCCGUCGCUCUUCAGCAACUACCGCAUACAGUCGAACGCAGGCAACCAGAUCACGCUCGCGCUCUCCACAGAGGCGCUGCUCGCGGCCCUGCGCUCCGCGGCGACCCCCGCGGGCGCGUCCGCCCCGCUCGCGGCGGACGCGGAAGUGAUCCUCCGGCUCGCGAAGAAGGACGACCAGGCCGUGCUGAGCGUGCACAUCAGCGGGACGACGCGCAUGGGCCGCGCGGUGCUCGUGUCGCACGACGUGCGCAUCGAGGUCCUGAAGCCGCAGGACGCGGGCAGGCUGCGGGAGCCGAUGUGCCCCGAGCCCGAGGUGCAUAUCCUGCUGCCGCCCCUGGCGAAGCUGCGCACCGUGGUGGAGCGGCUGCGCCCGCUCGCGGACGAGGUGGUCGCCAUCUACGCCAACCACGCGGGGAGCGUGAAGAUAUGCGCGCAGACGGAGAGCGCGCGGGUGGACGUGAUGUGGAAGGGGCUCCAGAACCCCGGCAAGAGUGCGUCAGACCCCGAAGACGAGUCGCGCGACCCGGAGCAGAUGCACGGCGUGCUGGUGUCCCUCAAGAGUCUGCAGAAGUUCUUGAGCAGCCACGUGGUGUCGACGACGACGAUUGCCUGCAUAUGCAAGGGCCACUGCAUUAUCCUGUAUGUCUACAUAGGCGAGGUGGCCGACUCUGGAGGGGUUCUGACCUUUUACAUUCCCGCCAUCAUCGAUGCCAUCUGA